CCCCCCCAAGCCAUGAACUUUGGCCGGGGGGGCCCGUCGGUGGUGGUGCUGAACGUGGGGGGGACGCGCUACUCUUUCGCGCGGGAGGUGCUGAAGGACUUUCCCCUGCGGCGCGUGAGCCGCCUGCACGGCUGCCUGUCGGAGCAGGACGUGCUGGAGGUCUGCGACGACUACGACCGCGAGCGGAACGAGUACUUCUUCGACCGGCACGCGGAGGCCUUCGGCUUCAUCAUGCUCUACGUGCGCUAUGGGCACCUGCGCUUCGUGCCCCACAUGUGCGAGCUCUCCUUCUACAACGAGAUGAUCUACUGGGGCCUCGAGUGCUCUCACCUCGACUACUGCUGCCAGCGCCGCCUCGACGACCGCAUGUCCGACACCUACACCUUCUACUCGGCGGAAGACCUCCAGGCGGAGCCGGCGGGCGGCUGGAGCACCGGCAGCAGCACCAGCAGCAGCAAGAGCAGUUGCCACCACCCGCCCGGCCGAGGCGAAGGCGCCGACCAGGGCAGCAGCCACGCAGCGCCCCCGCCUGGCGGCGAGGAGAAGAAGUGGCUGGAGCGGAUGAGGAGGACAUUCGAGGAGCCCACCUCCUCCGUAGCCGCCCAGAUCCUGGCCACCGUCUCCGUCGUCUUUGUCAUUGUGUCCAUGGUGGUGCUGUGCGCCAGCACCACGCCCGAGUGGCGGGCGGCAGAGAACCGAAGCAUGGAGGAGCAGAGCAGGUACACAGCAGACUCAGUGAGGGAGCCUUCCGGGAUAAUUGAAGCUGUCUGCAUAGGCUGGUUCACUGCAGAGUGCAUUGUGAGGUUCAUCAUCUCCAAAGACAAGUGCGAAUUUGUGAAGAGACCUCUGAACAUCAUUGACUUGCUGGCAAUAACUCCCUACUACAUCUCUGUGCUGAUGACAGUUUUUACCGGGGAGAAUUCUCAGCUCCAGAGGGCAGGAGUCACCUUGAGGGUCCUGAGAAUGAUGAGGAUUUUUUGGGUGAUUAAACUUGCUCGUCACUUCAUUGGCCUUCAGACACUUGGCCUGACUUUAAAACGAUGCUAUAGGGAGAUGGUGAUGCUGCUUGUCUUCGUCUGUGUUGCUAUGGCAAUUUUCAGUGCACUGUCCCAGCUCCUUGAACACGGGCUGAACUUGGGAAAACCAAAUGAAGGCUAUUCCAGCAUCCCAGCUGCUUGCUGGUGGGUAAUUAUCUCUAUGACCACUGUGGGUUAUGGCGAUGUAUGCCCCAUCACUAUACCUGGACGGAUUCUUGGAGGGAUUUGUGUGGUCAGUGGGAUUGUUUUACUGGCCCUGCCUAUUACUUUCAUCUAUCACAGCUUUGUGCAAUGUUACCAUGAGCUCAAAUUCAGGUCUGCUAGGUAUGGCAGGAGCCUCUCUGCUGAAUUCUUAAAUUAA